AUGGAUGCGACGGACUCGGGGACACCGUUUGGACCGCUGUUGCUCACAGUCCAUGAUGCUAUUUUUGAAGUCGUGCUGGUCUGUUCAGCUGGGUACAUCCUGGCGCGAAAGGGCAUCUUAGACAAACCAACACAAGGUCGGGCCUUCGCAACGGCCGCAGGAAUGUUCAUGAAUUCAAACACGCUGCCCAUAGCCCUCAUGCAAAGCCUGGUGAUUACCGAGAUGCUUGGCCGGGCGCUGACAUAUGUACCUCGACCUCCAUCCGGGGCUUGGGAUGAUGAAGCCGUGUUUCCUGUGCUGAGAGCCACGAUUCUCUCGCAGGUCCGUUGGAGUUACGGGGUACGUCUUCUGUCCAAAGCGGAUCCCGAACCGGUCGCGGAGCCUGUGGAAACGGUCUACUCAGACUCUGCUGAGCCGCCGCCAGAAGGCGGCUCGGAUGACACGCCGGUGGCCAUAACCAAUGACAGAGGCAGGACAGACUUCUUCCUCAAACUAUGUGCCCCUGCAACCCAAUCUCCCGCUCGCCCGGCGCCUACGUCUUCGAUAUGGCAGUCGCACCGUCGACGCUUGGGCAAUCGUCUUCGCGAACUGUGGAAGGUCUUCUGUGAACGCAUGAAGAUGCCAUUUUGGGCAGCGCUGGCCGCCCUCGUGUUCGCGUGUAUCUCCCCGCUCCAGCGGACACUCGCACAUAUUGAGUGCAUCCGAGGCGCGCUGGACAUGGCGGGCGAUUGCUCGAUCCCACUGACGCUCGUCGUGCAGGGCGCGUACUUUUACACGCCAGCCACCGACUUACGGGGACGAAGGCGCUCUAGAGGAGAGACGGGGAACGGGGAACGACGGCCGGGAGGGAGCAAGAUAGUCGGCAUCGCGGUGCUGUCGCGAUGGAUCCUCGCGCCGGCCGCGACGAAGGAGAACUGGCAGCCGGUCUUCGAAGACCCGGUCGUCGUCGUGCACCACGUCCUGCUGCUCACUUCGCCACUGCCUCGGGUGGACGCGUUCGAGCGCCUGCUGAGCCGAACGGUGUUCUGGAGUUACUGCGUCGUGACGCCCUCAAGCAUGAUCGCGGUUGUGGUCGUAGGUUUGUUAUUGACGAAGCUCUGA